CAGAUCUCGACAUCGACGUGUAUGCCAUCGCUUGCGGUGUCAAUGCAAUGUGUCUGGGCUCUAGCACCAGUGCCACAGACGGACUGCACCGCCGCAGCCAAGAGGCAGCGGAGGGGCAUCAUCAGCGGCAUCGGCGGCGGCGGCACAUACAGCCGGCGCCGCCGCCGGACCCAGCCCCCGGCCGCGGGCGUCGCAGCCGCGUCAGCAGCGCAGUCGCGCCGUGUGAGGAUGCCACGGCGGAAGCCACGCACAUUACCCAGACGUGGAAGGGCGCUCAAUGUCGUGCACCUCCAUCCGCGUGGCCCCCGCGCACCGCGGUGAAUGACGCGCCGAUUGGCGAUGGCACCGCCUGCCGGUGACCAUGCAAUUUAGCAGUGAGCCGGCGCUGCUUCUCGCUGGGGGCAGGGAGGCGUGAGCACUGGGCAGCCUGGCCCAAGGAGCGCGCUGGCACAGCUCACACACGAGCUGCCGGUGCCGGACCACGGCAGUGGGGCGAAGUAAGUGUUCAAUGCAACGCCAGGAGCCGCGUGCCGGCAGCGCCACCUGCGUCUGCAGCGGCGGCGGCAGCCCAGAGACUACCGGUCUUGGCGGUACGUAUGGGCUGUGCGCCGCUCUGAGUAUGGCAGGGAGGCUAAACAUGCAGUUGCCCAGGAUGACGCAUGAGCGAUGACCGCGCCGCCGCCUCUGUGCGCGGGGCAAAGGACCUGCUUGAUUGGGGUAGCGCUGGCGGCAGCGGGCACGCACGGUGCCUGCAGCUUGCGCUGCCCACGGCGACACGCACCCGCCCUCCGAAUUCGCGGCUGGUGCGCGCAGCCAACGGCACCAUACAUUGCGGCACACCUGACCACAUAUGCACGCGCCCGACGGCCUCACAGCACCAGUACAUAUGUUCUGACGGCCGCAGCCUCCGGCCGCUGAGCGAGCUGCGAGGUGUGCGCACAACUGGGUGAUUUACUGCUUUGGCGAGGAGGUGCGCUACACCAUCCAACUCUACUUCGUCGAUAACAUGGCUGGUACAUUGCAGGUGAGGAGGGGCGGCACCGGCACUGGAAGCAAGGGCGGGCGGGCGUACAGGAAGAGCGAAGCAGGGGGCAGGACCGCGGGAGGCAGGGACGCGGCACGGCGGGGCUUACUUUGCAGCGCGUGGUGGCGCAGACUCCCAUGGAGAUAUGCCCGCUCUGUCACAUUACUCUCCUGAGGCACCGCACGCCCUUCCACGCCCGCUUCAGGCUUUCGCGAUCGGGGCUCGUCCCGCGAUGGACAGCGUGGAGGCCGCGCUGGACCGCGUCAAGAUGAACAUCUAUCUACCUCAAGUUCGCGGACUGGGGGCUGCCCUGCCCCAUUACAGGAGUGCCGGGCGCAAUGGCGCAGGCGGCGGCGUUUGGCGGCCAGCAGGCGGCCAGCGGCAGCUCGUGAGGGUGGCGCUGUUGGACUGGGGUGAAAGGGCGUAAGGUGCUAUAGGCUUCUGGUGCCCGUUGCAUCUAGACUCAAGGCGUGGGCAAGACAGAUGUCCCUGCAGAAGUGGUAGAGCGCACGCAGCAGCAGGAGCAGGAGGGAAGAGGGCAGGGUUUGGUGGCGACGGCGUGGCGACGGCCAGGUUGGUGGUGGGCAAGGAGCAAGUUAGCAAGCGGCCGGGGCAGGGCCUGUGGGCAUCAGCAGCAACCGUACGCUGCUGUGACAGCGGCAGCACGCAAACGUGUGUGCGUGUGCUGUGUGUGCAGGUGUAUGUGCGUGAAAGUGUGCAGAUCCGCCGGGUUUAUUCGCACUCGACACUAGUUUAGUAAAGCACGUCGAUAACCGUAUGUAUGUCCACUGCUACAGGGUUGUUUGUAACCGUCGAAGAGGCCCGAAGUAAGAUCCAGCAGUUAAGCCCCGUUAAGCAGCAGCUUUCGUCAGUGAACGCGCGCAGGCGCCCUACAAAUCUAGUCUGCUUGAUCAUUUCGCGAUAGAUGCACUGGCGAUGGAGUAUGUAAAAGUUUUGGGGGCGCAAAGCGAGCGACUCGUGGCGACAGAAUCAAGUGCACGCGCGCGCAUGCAACAUGGAUGACAUUGCCUUAACAUGACUAUUACGUCUGUAAGAAGCGUUGUGA